AUGGAAGGGAGAAAUAUUAAGAUGACUUCUUUGAUGGUGAUAGUGAUGUUGGGAAUGUUCGUAGGGAGGAGUUCUGCAUUCAACAAGGACUGCUUUGUAGGAUGUUUGACGACAUGUGCUGUUACUCAUCCUGACUUGCAUAUGCUUGAAUGCCCAUUUACUUGUUUGAAGAAAUGUUUAUCCGGAGGGGCUCCUUCUAACAAGAUUGAGUCUCUUGGUGGUCACUACUGCAAACUUGGUUGUGCUACGGCUAACUGCAUCAAGAACAGCACUCCUCAGUAUCCUCGUGGAGACCAAGUUGAACAUUGUGUUAAUUCUUACUGCACUAAGAAAUGUACAAAUUAA